UCAUGAUAGGGAAAUUAAACAGCUCCGAAACAUUAACAACUUGCGAGAUUGUUUGCAUAGGAAAAUCUUGUAGUAGGAUAUCGGUAUUAGUUCUUCAUGAAAAUGAACUGUACAAAACCUCACUCCAAUAUCUUCAUUAAUAAUACCACUACGGGAUACAUAUUAAUACAAGUAACGGUAAUUUGGCUAACAUGCUGGGAAUUUCUCUUCUAACCCCUUGGCGACCCUGUAAGAAGUGACGAAACAAUUGACUUGAUCGUUGUAAGGAAAGUUGGUCUGUUUUAUUAUUUGUAGGAGCAAAAGAAUUCGUGAUUAAAAAGUAAAUUCGUUUGUGAAGACGUAUAUAAAUGAUUUUCCGUGUAUCAGAUGUCAGCUGUGUUGGCAUGAGAAUGUUUUGAACUUGUCCAAUCAGCAGGUAAUAUACACUAUUGAAAAUUUGUUUUUAGGUGUGAGUUGUUUAACCUAAUUCGCAAUACAGCACAAAGCAUCAGAAAUAUAUAAUUAAAUAAAAUGGGGAAACAUGAAGUAGGCACCCCAAAGUAUAUUGCUAAUAAAAUCAAAGCAAAAGGCCUGCAAAAACUAAGGUGGUAUUGUCAGAUGUGUCAAAAGCAGUGCCGUGAUGAGAACGGUUUUAAAUGCCAUAUGAUGUCUGAAUCUCAUCAGCGGCAACUUCUUUUAUUUGCCGAUAACGCAGAUAAAUAUAUUGACGAGUUCUCCCAAGAAUUUGAAGAUGGCUAUUUAGAAUUGUUAAAACGUCAGUUUGGAACAAAGCGUGUUCAUGCAAAUCGUGUGUACCAGGAUUAUAUAUCGCAGCGUCACCAUUUACAUAUGAAUUCUACACAGUGGGAAACAUUGACAGACUUUGUGAAAUGGCUUGGAAGGGAAGGGAAGUGUGUGGUGGAUGAAAGUGAAAAAGGAUGGUAUGUACAUAAAAAUAAGGUGGAACGAAGAAAAGCAUCAGCCCUUGAUGACAUUAUUAAAUAUGAAGAGAGCAAGAAGAAACGUACAAAUAGAAACGAUUUUUGGUUGGUUCAAGGAAUUAUUGUGAAAGUGGUAGAGCUAUUGUCCAUGUUGGAUAGUAAACAAAAACUGAAACUGGACCAGUUGCACCUACAGACGGUGAUACCUGCACUCGGGCGGCCUGUACGCAUUGUGAAAGGAGCUUACCGUGGAUACAGUGCUACACUUAAGGAAUUGGAUGAGAGCAAAUUCUGUGCAACGAUUGAACUUUCAUCAGGCCCCUUGAAAGGCAGAAUAAUUGAUAAAGUUGAAUAUGAAGACAUUUGUAAAGUACAUAAUGUAGAUGUAUAAAUGCCAUAGAGUUUUAUGUUACAUUAAGUGCAACUUCAUAAAAGAUGUAAGAUUUGAGGU